AGAAAACAUAACAAAAGAUGAUUUCAUUCCUAAUUUUGGGUCAAUAAUCUACUUUUGGUUCUUCUCUCCAUCUUAUUCUUCUUCUCCUUCUUCUUUCUUCUCCUUUUUCCUCUUCUUUUUCUUCUUCUUCUUUCUUCUUCUUCUUCAGAUGAUUUGAAAGCCAUGACUCAAGGAAAUGGCACCAGAGUGACUGAGUUUAUUCUAUUGGGAUUUGCAGUUCGACAAGAAUUACAAUACAUUCUCUUCAUUGUGUUCCUGGUCAUCUACAUGACUUCUCUGGUGGGCAAUGUUGGUAUGAUUCUGCUCAUCAAAUAUCAUUCUCGCCUUCACACCCCCAUGUAUUUUUUCCUUCAACACUUGGCCUUUGUUGACCUCUGUUAUACCUCUGCUAUCACUCCCAAGAUGUUACUGAACUUCUUGGUAUCAGAUAAAUCUAUCUCAUUCUCAGGGUGUGUAGUCCAAUUAUUGGUCUAUGCUACAUUUGCCACAAUCGAAUGUUACCUUCUUUCUGCCAUGGCCAUAGAUCGCUAUGUGGCCAUCUGUAAUCCAUUACACUAUGCAGUGGUCAUGUCCCGGAAGGCUUGUGUCCAGCUACUCACUGGAUCCUAUUUCAUGGGAUCCCUGAAUGCCUCUGUUCACACAGGCUUUGCCUUUUCAUUGGUCUUCUGCAAUUCCAACAUAAUCAAUCACUUCUUUUGUGAUGUGCCCCCAAUCCUGGCCCUUUCCUGUUCUAAUGUUGAUGUCAAUGUCAUGUUGUUAAUAGUUUUUGUGGGUUUUAAUCUGUCAAGUACAUUGCUGGUUGUGUUUCUCUCCUACGUUUACAUCUUGGCUGCCAUCUUAAGGAUGCCCUCAGCCGCAGGGAGGCACAAAGCUUUCUCUACUUGUGCCUCCCACCUGAUGGCUGUCAUCAUUUUCUAUGGCACACUCUCUUACAUGUAUUUACAACCUUCUUCCAGUGAAUCCCAAGAGAAUGAUAAAGUGGCUUCUGUAUUUUAUGGUAUCGUGAUACCCAUGCUGAACCCCUUGAUCUACAGUCUGAGGAACAAGGAGGUAAAAGAGGCUGUGAAGAUUCUAGUAAAGAGUUGCUUAUAAGUCAAGAUUUGCAUUUUAAUGCAUUGGUUCAGAAAUGCAUCCAGACAAAGGACAUCCAUCCUGCCUCCCUUAUUUGGCAGACCAGUGCUCUAAUUAAGAGAAUGGUGGACUUGGAAUCAGAAAGACCUGAAUUGAAACAUCAUCUAGGAU